AUGCUAAGAAGAGUAGCAUCACUCAGCACCAAGGUUCUCAUGUCAGCUCAGCCUGCUGCCCGCUUCUCCAGCAAGAUCAACAUCAACCAAGCUGCUGGAAUUCUCAGAGAAAAAGUGGCAAAAAUCACCCAAACAAACGACUUGAAUGAAUUUGGAACUGUGAUUUCAAUUGGAGACGGUAUUGCCAGAGUCUAUGGUUUAGGGAAGGUCAAAGCAGGAGAGAUGGUUGAAUUCAGAACUGGAGUCAAAGGAAUGGCCCUUAACUUAGAAAGCGACAACGUUGGUGUUGUCGUUCUUGGAAAUGAUAGAGAAAUCCAAGAAGGAGACGUCGUAAAAAGGACCGGAACUAUCGUGGACGUCCCAGUAGGAGAAGAACUGUUAGGAAGAGUCAUUGAUUCACUUGGCAACCCAAUUGACGGCAAAGGCCCAGUCAAAACCAAGGCAAGAGCAAGAAUUGAACUCAAAGCUCCUGGGAUCAUCCCAAGAAAAUCAGUCCACGAGCCAAUGCAGACUGGCCUCAAGGCAGUCGACUCUUUAGUCCCAAUUGGAAGAGGUCAAAGAGAGUUGAUCAUUGGAGACAGACAGACUGGCAAAACCGCUAUUGCUAUUGACACCAUUAUUAACCAGAAGAGAAACUUCGAAGAUGAAACCAAAGCAAAGAACAGACUUUACUGCAUUUACGUAGCUAUUGGACAGAAAAGAUCAACUGUAGCCAACAUUGUCAGGAGUCUCACCCAACACGAUGCUAUGAAAUACACAAUCAUUGUGGCUUCAACUGCUUCAGAAGCAGCACCAUUGCAGUUCUUAGCACCUUACGCAGGAUGUGCUAUUGGAGAGCACUUCAGAGAUAAUGGGAAGCACGCUCUUAUUAUUUAUGAUGAUCUUAGUAAGCAAGCUGUUGCUUAUCGUCAAAUGUCACUAUUGCUGAGAAGGCCUCCUGGAAGAGAAGCUUACCCUGGUGAUGUCUUCUAUCUUCACUCAAGACUUCUAGAAAGAGCAGCUAAAAUGCACGCUAAAUACGGAGGUGGAUCUUUGACAGCUUUGCCAGUCAUUGAAACUCAAGCUGGUGAUGUCUCAGCUUAUAUUCCAACUAAUGUCAUUUCUAUUACUGACGGUCAGAUUUUCUUACGCCCUUAGUUAGCGAAAUUAUUGGAAAAUCCCUUAGCUAGAGACCAAAAAUUCGUUUGAAUAGAAAAAAUUUACAGUUAAUAGUUCGAUGUAUAAUUAAUAGAUGUAGUAAUAUCUCUAGCCAAAUUUAUAAAUUUUAAAACAUUGCAUCUUUUAAUAUGAUUUUUUUUAUCUUGAUUAGAAGCAGAAAAACACUUCCCAUAAGUCAAGAGGCAAGUUAGAAACUGAGCUUUUCUACAAAGGUAUCCGCCCAGCCAUCAACGUCGGUCUCUCUGUCAGCAGAGUCGGAAGUGCAGCUCAAAUCAAAGCUAUGAAGCAGGUCGCUGGUAGCUUGAAGCUUGAACUGGCCCAAUAUAGAGAAGUCGCUGCCUUCGCCCAAUUCGGGUCUGACUUGGAUGCAGCUACCCAAAGACAACUUAACAGAGGAGCACAACUUACUGAGUUGUUGAAGCAAAAACAAUACGUCCCAAUGGCUGCUGAAGAGCAAGUUUGCGUGGUUUAUGCUGGUGUCAGAGGAUUCCUCGAUAACGUACUUACCUCAGAAAUUGCCAAGUUUGAGAAAGGAUUCUUAGAAACUUUAAAAACACGAAACCCAGACAUUUUGGCAGCGAUUAGGAAUGAAGGAGUUUUGUCAAAGGAAACUGACGAGAAGCUGAAAGCAGUCUUGACAGAAUACAUGCCUAGUGCAGGACUACAGAUGAAGUCCUAA